AUGGGCUGCCUUUUUAAAUGUUUAGAUCCUGGACCACCAGAUGAUUCUGUUCGUCAUUUUUGGCAUAUUAGAGGCCUUUUACUUGAUGCUCUUCCUUGUAGUAGUAAUAAUGAAAAUACCAACAGUCAACAGCAGCAACAACAAAAACAAUCAAAACCUGAUAAUCUUUGUGUGCAGGAAAGUGGAAGUAGUAGUGGGGGAGGAGGUGGAAGAACAACAAAAAAUGAUGAAGAAAAUGGUGGUGGAGGAUUAAUACCUAAAUUAACUGUUCAGAGACUUCCCCCAGGCGUUUUAUACGUUUACGAAGGAAGACUAGUCUAUAGAAGUAGACGUUGGAUGCCUUGGCCUUCAAAUAUUUUUUUAUUAUCUUCUUCAAGUGGUCGACGACAACCAGGGGAAUUUUCGAUCGAAUUGUGUCAAAUUGGGGAUGUAAAUGUUGUUGAACAAUUUAUUUCUCAACGAGAUGGAAAGCCUUUUCGUUGUCAAGGACCUUUAGUGGAUGUUGUAGUAACUGGAAAACAACCAAAUAUUCAUUUAGGCCUUUUAACAGCUCAACCAGAUUGUGUGGGUAAAGAAUUGAGAGAAGUAUUUUUAAGGCAUAGACAACGUCCAAGAAUAUUUCAAUUUAAUUCGGUUGAUAUUGAUGGAGUUGAAAUUGAAGUGCCAUAA